GUGUACGGGAAACAAGGGUACACUGUCUACUAACCAUGGUUAACCAUGCUCCCUAACCCUGGUUUGGAUAGCAGUUUAUAAUGGAACCGCUGCCUCGCAUAGCAGACCACGGCGAUGAUCGCUGAUCAUGACAGUGCCUCUUCUGUAGAGUGAGCGAGUGACAGUCGUAUCCACAAUUACAGUUACUGCGAUUUAAUUUAAAGAUGAUGAUGAUGAUCGGAGGUGGAGAUCAUCCUCGCUCAAAUCCCACCGUCCAAAUCCCACCGUGGGAUUGCCGCCACGUCGACGAUUCCUCCAUGGCCCACAUUUACUCCCCCGCCGCCGCCGAUGGCGGCCAUUACGAGGAUGCCUUCGCCGCCCUGCAGCGGUACCUGCCGUCCAACAAGGACGACGAUUCCGACGACUUCGACGUGCCGGUGGACGCCUUCUCCUGCGACGAUUUCCGUAUGUUUGAGUUUAAGGUGAAGAAGUGCGCACGUGCUAGAUCACAUGACUGGACGCAGUGUCCGUUCGCGCAUCCCGGCGAAAAGGCCCGCCGGAGAGACCCCCGGAAGUAUCACUAUUCCGGCCGGCCAUGUCCGGACUUCCGCAAAGGCGCGUGUAAGAGAGGCGACGCUUGUGAGUACGCCCACGGCGUGUUCGAGUGCUGGCUCCACCCUGCUCGCUACCGGACGCAGCCGUGUAAGGACGGCACCCACUGCCGCCGGCGAGUCUGUUUCUUCGCCCACACGCCGGAGCAGCUCCGAGUUCUGCCGUACACUGGUAGCCCUGACGAUUCCUUCAUGCUCAUCGCUUCUUCUCCAAACUCAAGUUUUUAUUCCCCUCCGUCGUCUCCGGUAACCGGCUCGCCGCCGGUCUCCCCCGGCGGUUCACUCAAACUGAGUCAGCUCACUGAGUCGAUCCGCGAUAUGCAGCUCAACAAAUCGGGCAUGGGCCAGGGUCUCGGCCCGGGUUCGAGCCUGAGCCCAACUACUUCAUGGGGAUUUAGAUUCGGAUCUCCCCGGAGCCCGUCAACAGUCCGACCCGGAUUCGCCAGCCUUCCAACCACGCCGAUUCGGGCUGUAACCCGUUCCGGACUCAAUCCAUUCGACGCCUGGGAAACUUCUUGCGCAGAGGAGCCGGUGAUGGAGCGGGUCGAGUCGGGAAAAGCUCUGCGCGAAAGACUAUACGCAAAGCUCGGGAAAGAGAACUCGUUGGACCGCGUCGGCCAGGCCGAGUCAGCGAGUUCAGAUCCGGAUAUCGGAUGGGUAUCCGAACUCGUUAAAUGAGAUCCCGAAUCCGAAUAUCAGACCCGAUUCAAAUUUUCUGGCUGUAAAUAUCAUACAUCAUAGUUAAUGGCAUUAGGGUCGGGUCGUUGUUGAUUGAAAUCUUAUAUUGUGAUCGAUCUUCUGUAUUUGCAUUAAUAUAUAUAUUAAUAUUGUAGGUAAGAAAGAAAUUGCAAGAUUUUGUAAUGUUUGUACAUAAUCAAUCCAUUGAUAUUUUCGUAAUAAAUUUUGGUGUUGAUUCGAUGUUGAAUAUGAA